GGAGACAGCAGGGCUCCGUUAUGGUUGGACAGAUGGUAGCUGUAAGAUUUUACUCACGUUUUUCUACUGCUUUGUUCUUGCUGCUGGUGGUCACUAUUACCCAUUGCUCGGUAUUGAAAUGUAAAGAAAAUGAAUAUCCCUUUGGUGGAAGAUGCUGCAAAGACUGUGCUCCUGGUGAAAGAAUGAGAUACCGCUGCACCGCAACAACAGAAACGGUCUGUGCCCCCUGUCAAGAUGAAUACUUUAGUACUGAGCACAACCACAGCUUCUGCAAGAGUUGUACAGUCUGUGACAUUAAGAAAGGGAGCAUGGAGGUGAAGAAGUGCGAGAAGACCUCUGACAGAACUUGUGUGUGUAUUGCAGGUUACAUGCCAGAUUCCAAACAUACACUGGGAAGUGUGUGCUUACCAUGUCGUGAAGGGUUUUAUUCUUUAGGGGGGAAUGAAAGCUGUCGACCUUGGACCAACUGUAGUGUUCUUGGAGAAAAGACUCUUCGAACAGGGACGAAAACAGAGGAUGCUGUUUGCAGCAGCCAGGUGACUCGGCCAGCAACCUCUUGGAGUGUAACAUCUGCUUUGCAACUUUCCACCACCCACCGCAGGAAUAACAUGUCAACUGCAAUGCUCUCCCCAUCCAAGCCCAGUGUCGUUCCUCUUAUUAUUUGCUCGGAUAAGAACAGCCCCACAGAAACUAAUUGGGGUCCUUUAUUGCUUAUCCUUAUUUGUCUGAUAUUGCUCAUGGUGUCUGGAAUUUCCAUCCUCCUGUUGAUUAUCCAAGCAGCCAAAAAGGAGACUAAGAGGAGGCCUUGUAGGAACAACCAUCAGGAAGGAAGGAGCUUUCGAAUUCCUAUCCAGGAAGAACAAAUCGACUCCAAUUCCAGUCUCAUCAAAAACUGACUCCACAUUACAUUAGUGUUUCCUGCAUUUCUGAGCCCAUCAAUUGUUACAAGUAACAUGACAGAGUAUUCUGUGGCUAUAUAUGUGGGUGUGUGCAACUGUUUAAUUGCACUUCUGUUGCUUUGGGUCUCCUUGAUCAACCCUUAGGCAUCAAGACCCUUGGGAGUAGCUGUUCUGAUGUAAUCACGUGAUUCUUUCUCUCUUAGGUGGGUCCUGUGCGCAACAUCCCUGUUGCCAGGCCCCAAGUAGGUAACAGCCCUCUGGGCAUCUCUAACCAAUUCUGUGUAUAGUGAUAGGCAAUUAUCUUUGGACUGAAGAAAUUGUUUACAAAGCUGUAAGAGCUAAUCACUCAGGAGGUGAAGAAUGGGGUGGGGAAGAGGGAAGAGCUGCUUUAUAACUCAGUUUACUACUUGUCCUACAAUUCUAGGCUGCCAGGGAGGGUAUGUCUCUCUUCUCUCGGUGCAGCCUUCUCCAGUAUUUCAGUCUAGUUUUUCAAAUGAACUUUCUUCCCUUUAGGUAGAGAAUUCUCCUCAUGAACCUAGCUAGCUUCCUUUGCACUUUUAUAUUUUCAUCUUCUUCUCUUCUCAGUCAAGACGAGUUGCAUAUGUUGGCUGUGCCUGCAGAGACAGAAUUGCUAUAGCUAGCAGUUUUGGUGCUGACGCUGCUAGCUCUUAGCUACCAAUUUGAGAGGUGGCUAUUGGGUGCUACUUCUCUUUUCUGCCUUUCUCUAAACUGAGGCCUUCAGAAAAUAUCAUGUUAACAUACUGAGCAGUGUCCCUAUAGUUUGGCCAACAAAUGGAAUUACUCAUGAUCGCAGGGCAGCUCCAGAUCUCCCAAGUGUUUGUAUGUGAAGCGUGCGGAAGGUAGAACCUGUGUACUCACUACUAAAAAGCCAAGGGAAUGAUAAUUUCUGAUUAGAACCUUUAGGGACACUGUAGUUUAAAAAAGAGGAAAGGUAAAGUAUAAUUUGUCUGUCUUGCAAACCUUAUUGCUUGUCAUGUGUAACUAAUGUUUUUUCCACAAGCUCUGCACAAGCAACAUGCUCUUGUGUUUCCUCUUGGUGAACAUCCUGUUGUGGUGAAUGCCCUGGUGUGCCCAUCCUCAGCAAGGGUGAGCCUGCAUCAGUCAAACUUGGACUUCUCCAGAGUAAAAUAGUUUAGCUUAAACCACUUCUGUGGGACUUUAUUGCUUGCUUGGAAGUAAUACUAUGAAUGUAGGGGAACUCACAAAUGAGUUUGGAUCUAAACAGUACUCUGGAUUUGGACAAAACUUUUAUACCUUUUGUUUAGGUUUAGGAGCAUAUACUUGGUCAUUUAGAGUUUUUUCUGCUGAUGAAUGAUAACUUUGUGAUGGUAUGAAAAGGUCCUUUGGAAGUGAUUCAGAAAAGAGUAACUCCCUAGGUGGUCUCUUUUGAUAAGAGACCAUAGCUGGACUUAAAAUAACACAGGGCUGAGCCUCUAGAACUUUGAGGGCUGCAUUUUAGCAAAGACAUGCAGAGAUUAUCUCACAGGAGGUAGACACCCAAACUAUGCUGUCACGAUUCAUAUGGAUGCUCACCUUCUGCAUGCUGUCAGGGAAACCUGCACUUAGAACUGGAGAAGUAUUCUUGGUCUGGUCUGUGUGCAUUUAAAAUACACCUGGAUGUGAGCCUACAUAUGUAUGAAAGCUAAGUUUUCCUUCAGUAACUUUUUCACAGGUCAAUCAGUUUGUAGUUUUAGAGAGCAUGCAAAUUUUAGAUAGCAAUUUCAAAAAUCUGAAGUGCAUGAGAGAGACCUGAAACGUUAUUGCAAAUAGUUUUGGAUGGAAUUUAAAAUAGCUCAGUGUAGAAAGUUCAAGAAGCAGACAUGAAAAUUAUUAUGGAAUUCAGAAAUGUUUUUCACUUUAAAUAUAACUCUGUGGUAGAUAACUUAGCAGAGAUGUAUGUAUUUUGUAUGCAUAAUACCAAAGCAUAUGUGAAGAUAUGCAUCAGGAGAUGUAUUCAAGAAUACAACUGGUGUCUAGAAACAUGUUUUUAAACAUAUGUUUUGUUAUAUGUUAUACAUAUGAUGUAUUUAACAGUGUUUUUCUAUACUGAAGUGUAUAUACAAUGUAU